AUGAAAGAUUAUACAAUUGAUAGAUAAGAAACAUCAGAAGUCCCUGACAAUGUUCCGUUUCGUAUUGCAUUCUAAAUUUAUCUGCUUUUACUUAAUAUUACAUUAAUGGUAUUAUCAAUCAUAAGUUAUUGCCAAAUUAUAGAUGUUUAAGAUUACUUAUAUAAUAUUAAUCAUAAUUGGAGUUUAUAACCAUUUAAAUCUAUUAGAUAUACAGAAGGUGACUGUGUAUAAAAUGUAAAUAUUCAAAAUAUCACAGGAAGAAAUUAUUAAUCAUUACAUAUGGCCUGGUAUAGAAUAAGGUUGCGAUUGCAGAUACAACGAAUAAUAUAUUGAACCUAGAAGAAUUUUAUAUACUCGUAAAGACAAAUUGUUGGAAUAAGAGUGCAAUAGUAGUAUGAGAGCUGCAGGAUGUUAAGAUAUUGUUGAAAUGAGUUCUAGAGAUUUUAUAAGAUUACCUGUUGAUUUUGGUAAUAAAUCAUUAAGAAUAUGUGGUUUAAGAGAAGUAGGAAAUAAUAGUUUUGCUUUGAAUUCACCUAAAGUAAAUGAAUGUAAAGAAAAUGAAUUAAAAUGUGGAACAAAUUCAGAUUAUUUUUAUUGUACUUAAGAAAAAGAAUGUCCUAUAUUUUAAAUGAAGAAUAAUUCUAAUUUUGAUAGUGAAAGCUAAGAUUACUUUUAAACUUUCAGAUAAAAUGAUAAUUUAUUACCUUUAGUUGAAUUUAAAAUUGCAUAAGGAAAUGGUGUUUGUAGAAAGAUAAAUGAAAGAAGUAUUACAUCAGGAAGAUCUAAUUAUGAAUUAAUAUCAGAUCCUGGAUAUGAUUGUGAAAGAGAUCCAAGAUUUUAAUUAAUUUAUUUAUUUGAUGAAUUCAAUUUCUUUUAGGCAAAUAAGGCUUUAGAUAUUGCUAAAAAAGCGCCAGGUUAUCAUAUAUCAAGUUUAUAUCAAUGGGGUCUAUAUGGUAGAAAUUAUAUAAAUUUUACUUUAAGUUGUAGAAAAUAUUAAAAAGAAUUUAUGGAUUCUGUAGAAUAUUUAGAAAAUAUUGAAAGUUAAUAAUUGAUUUUAAUGAUCAUAUCAAUAAUAUGUGUAACUGUCUUCAUUUUAAUGCUUAUUUUAAAUUGUUUAACAAUUUUUGGACUUGAUUUACCUUUUAUAAGUGGAAAAGGAACACAAGAAUCUAAUAAAUUGUUUUUUAUUUAGUUUACUUUAAAAGAAUUAACUUAAAUAGCUAAUGCAAUAAUAAUUAUUAUUAAUUUCGAUUCACUUUAAGGGAGGAUUAAUUUCUUCAAAAAGUUAAUUGAUCAAAAUUGUUCUGAUAAAUUUACAUUAGUAAUACUAAUAUUAAUAUUUAGGAUGAAUUUUAAAUGAUUUUAGAUGUUUUAAAAACAUCAAUAUAUACCUUUAAUUUUGUAUAUAUUAUACUAUUUUUUAUUGGAGUUUUUAUUGAUAUUUUAGUGGGAAUCUUUCUUGCUUAUUAAAAUUAUAAGAAGAGAAAAGGAUAAAACUAAUAGCAAGAUAAAUAUAAAGAUAUUUCUACUCAAAAUAAUAAUGAAAUAAAAUAAAGUAAAUAUUUUUGUAAUCUAAUUAGAUAAAAAACAUAAAGAAUAACCUUUAAAUAAUGAAGAUCCUUUUCAUUCAAGUUGA